GAGUUAUAGAUGGAAGAGAGAAACACUGCUAGCCAUGGUGGUGUGAGUUCUAGCUAUAGAGGGGUAAGAAAGAGAAAAUGGGGGAAAUGGGUGUCAGAGAUACGUGAGCCAGGGAAAAAAAAUAGAAUUUGGUUAGGGAGUUUUGAGACGCCAGAAAUGGCAGCAGCAGCCUAUGAUGUUGCUGCCCUACAUUUUAGGGGACAUGAUGCAAGACUUAAUUUUCCUGACCUGGUUCAUAAUCUACCAAAGCCAACAAGCUCUAGCUCUGAAGAUAUACGCAUGGCAGCCCAUGAGGCAGCUAUGAGCCUUAGGCCAUUCACAGCCGAGUCCUCCCAUGGUGGCAGCUCUACCUCCAACGUUGGUCCCAUCACCGUCAGGCUCUCUGCAAGCCAAAUUCAGGCCAUCAAUGAGUCACCCCUGGAUUCACCAAAGAUGUGGAUGCAAAUGUCAGAGAUAGCAAUGCUGGAGGAAUCCAUGGUGUUCUCCAAUAACAUCGAGGAGGAUGAGUGGGAUAACAAGCAAACAUAUUCUCUUUGGGAUCCCUAGGUAACGAGUGCUCAUCAUGCAUAUACUACUACGAAUAUUGGACGUUAAUAUAAUCAGCAGUCCUAAUAUAAUCAGUACACAUAAUUGCCUUAAACUGCCAAGAAUUGAUAAAUUGGAAAAUAGGGGAAGGGAUUUGUUGGAAAUUAGUGUUUGUGAGAGAAUAUAUUACGCUAAUUUCUCUGUCUAAUGGAACAGUAGUGAAAGAACAUGGGUGACACAGGGUGGGGGACAUUUUUAAUUUUAUUUUUUUGGACAUUUUUAUACUUUAACGAAGGUGGUCGGUUUUGGAGGGGCCCGUUUCGUUUUUUAACUUGAUUUUUGUCAGCAAGUUAAGAAGACUUCUCCUUGGUGGAGUGAGAGAUGGCCACAAAUGUCUCACUCAUUGACUGCUUCCCAUCAGCUUUCUGUGAUUAUAUAUGUUGUACAAUCAUGAUUCCAUUGUAACAUAAUAGUAUUUGCUUGAUAUUUUAAUUAAAUUAUAUCUUAUUUUAU